GCUGUUGAAUGGUACCAAAUCCUUCACUUUUCCAAUGCACUUUUAGUUAGCUCACUCUAUCUUUUUUUGCUUUUUGACCCAUUUCCGAAUGCCGCGCAACUCGUCUCGUGGCGGCGCACGCGGCCACAGUAGCCACGGCCAGUCGCACCACCGCCCGCAGCCCCAUCGCCAGCAGUCGCCCAAGCAGCCACGCCGAGUCAACCACAAUGACGAUGAUGGCAGUGACGAGGAGCGACUGCUGCCCGCGAGUGCGUUUGGCGCCAACUCUUCCCGCCAAUUCCCCCAGCAGCAGCAGCAGCAACAGCAGCAGCAGCAGGGCCAGCGAGUGAGCGGAUCGCCGCGUCAGCCGCAUCAUCAUCAGCAUCCACAGCAGCAGCAGCAGCAGCAUCGUCAGCAGCACGGUGGCGGUCGCGGAUCGCCGCACUACUCGGCCCCUGCGUCAUCAUCCUCGUCGCCCGGUCCGCCUGGUCCAGUCGUCUACGCGCACCUGUCGCCAGAGCACGCUGCAAUGCGCAGUCUCAACCGCUAUGGCAUCCAGGUCGGGUCGCUGAGUGCGCCUGGACAGCCAUCGCACACUGGCGCCGUGUUUCGUAAUAGCGAUCCAGUGAUGACGUCCUCCUCCUCUUCCUCGUCCGCCUCACUAUGUCGUAAUCCAGCAAGGUCAAGCAAGCAUGGCUCAGCAAGCAAGACAAACAGAAGGCAGCCCGCGCCGGUCGGGCAUUUGUUCAGCUUUGAGUAUGAUCAGGCUUCAGAGACGACUGCUACUGCUCCCAACGGACCCGGCGAGGGAGGACGUCAAGGACCGCGCAAUGCGACUCUGAUGAGCAAGAAUAGCGCAGUCGCAGCGAAACGGCAAGGCACAAAGACCAAAAAAGCCCAAGUCAAGGACGAUGAGGACGACGAGGACGACGAGGACGACCAGGACGACCAGGCGAUUGCCAUGCUCGAGGAUGAAUUCACAUUCGAGGCAGAGCUCAAGCGGGCUCGCGGUGGCGACCUGGAUGAACCCUCUGGCAGCGAAUCCGAAUCCGACAGCGAGGACGACGACGACGAGAGCGAUCUCAGCGACACCAAUGUGGACGCAACCACAAUGCACCCAGACGCGGAUGUCGAUGAGGACGACGUCGACGAAGACGAACUGGCCGCUUUGCAUGCAGCCAUGGCUGGGGAUGGCACAGACUCGUCUGACGAAGAUGACGGUGCGCAUGGCCUUGGCUGGACGCCAGUUACAGCGAGCACCAACAGCCGCUCAGCCAAGAAGCUCAAGGUGGUCAUGUCUCCCCGCGUAUCUGAUGGCUCGCUGCUUUCACCUUCAGCCAUCAUUGAGCCUGUGAUUGAUCGACCAAACAAGCACCAGCGACGAAAGGCUGCUCGGGAGGCUGCGGCCAACGGCACCAGUCCAACGGUGAUUCGCAUGAGCAGCAACACGGCCGGCACUCAGACCCUUGCUGGACCCUUCCAUCGCCUGCAACCGACUGUUCAGCCACCGAUGAGCAAGAGUUCCAGUUGGCAGCAGCAGCAGCAGCAAAGCAGCGACGACAGUAGUGAAAGCAGCGACAGCAGCGACGCAGACUCGGAUGAUGACCUGAACGCCGAUGAACAAGCCGCUCUGCAAGACUACUAUGACAACGUGAACAAUGCUAGCUCCGACUCUGAUGAUGACGACGAUGCCGGCCUUGCGCGACCCGGCCUUGGCCAAACCCAAUCCACAACUCGAAGUGUUGUCCAGCGAUUUGCAGCCGUCAAGCUGCACCCCAACUCUGGAAGGAGCGUGGAAGACGUGUUUCAGUACGCAGACGCGGCCUUGUACGACCGAAAUGCACCCUCCGCUGCACGUCGGCAACAGCAAGCCAUGGCGUCAGUCAUUGCCAGCCUUCCUCCAGGCGUCUCGAUGAACCACCAACGCAUUAGCAAGCAGCAGCGAAAGCAACUGCGGCACGAGGCUCAUCAGUUGCGGAAGCUGCAAAAGAAGCAGCAACUCGAGAUGCAACGGCGACAAUCCCCGUCCCAAGCCCAACAACAACGUGGGCAAAAGCGUCAUUCCGACUCCCGCUCGCCGCGUGCUCCUGUCAGUGUCGAUCAUGUUGAGGCCGGCCGAAAAGCGCGAUGGGUGACUUCCUCGACGACCAUGAUGCAAGACGAUGCGCUUUUGCUCAAGCCUGUCGAUGUUGCCAGCUCGCCUUCUCAACCCUUGCCGCCGAGCGACGUUCCGUCAAGUUCGGGUCGAGAUUCGAUUCCUACAAUUGAACCCAGUGUUGCCGAUGAUGCUCCGCCAGAAAGUCUCUUCUUUAUCGAUACGCAUGGCGACCAAGCGGACGAAUUGUCCGAUUCCAAGCUCAUCACCCCUCAGCUCUUGCUCGACAAGCUGGGGAAGGUUGAGAGUGGCGACGAUGAGAAUGAUGACGAGGACAUUGACGAGGACAUUGACGAGGACGAUGGCGAGGACAUUGACGAGGACGAUGACGAGGACAUUGACGAAGCUGACGACGAUGACGACGACUUGGACGAGAUCGAUGAAGUCGAUGAGGGCGUCGCUGCAGCCCUUCGAGACCUGGACUACUUUGCCGCCAACCCUCGCCAUGCAGCUGCCACUUUUGCCAGUCCCACUUCCAGCCCAUUGGGCGCAAAACCCUCAUCCUUCUCAGAGGAAAAGCGCAACUUUUUGGACAACAUCACCCGUGGCUCUCCGCGUGCGCCUUCUCCACGCGCCCCGCCGUCCCCUGCUGGCUCCAUGAUGAGCAAUGACGAACUCAUGGACGCCUCUUCUCACCGUGAUGCGACCAUCAUUGACGGUGUUCUGAAGCGCUUGGUCGACUUUGUGCUCAACCCGGCCGUCGAGGAGCAACCUCUGGAGCCGAUGAGCAAAAAGUACCGCGCCUUCGUGCACAAGCUGGGGCAAAUGUUUGGCGUGAUUACAGACAGCGCUGGCAACGGUGAUCGUCGCCACCCCGUCCUCAUCAAGACCGCGCACAGUAUGCUGCCCAACCCCGCCAAAGUCAACAAGGUUGUUUCGACAUUCUACAGGUAUUCGCACCUGUUGGAUGACGAGAGUAACGGCGAAGACUAUCGAAGCAUGCUUCGCUACGGUCGCAGCGGACCUCCUCCGUCGCGGGGAGGCGGCGGCUCGUCGCGCGGCGGCAAAGGCAGCUGGAGCGCUCCUGGCAGCAGCUAUGGCAGUCCUCGCAGCAGUCCUGCGCCCCCCGGUCGUGGUGGCCGCGGCGGCCGUGGCGGUCGUGGAGGAUCUGCGUCGCGCGACACGAGCCGGUUUGGAUCACCCACCACCACCGAUCGCGGAAGCUCCCCUGCCGGCAACGGGCGAUCACGCGACGGCGAUGUCGUUGGCGCGGAAGCCGAGCCCAUCCCCGAGUCCAACAUUGGCAGCAAGUUGUUGGCGAAAAUGGGUUGGAAGCCCGGCAACAGUCUCGGCGUUGGCAACGCUGGCAUUGUUCAGCCGAUCGAAGCUGUGGUCAAGACCAAGCGGACUGGACUUGGCAUGGAUGUGUAAAUCAUUACAUGCUCAUUGCAUUGCGUCUCUUUGGAUGGACAAUACAUGCUAUUUGUUGGUGAAAAGAAGACUCGGGUGGGC